UAUGUAUAGUUUUCCUUGCCAGUAGCGCUCAAACCUGCUGCCAGACUCUCUUAUACCAGCACAUGGCAGAUAUCCAUAUCCACAUGGGGAAGAGUCAGCCAGCCGCAGUCCCAAUGCCACCACCAUACAUCGGUCCCCCCCAAACUAUGGCAGUUCAACAAAUUGCACAUGAAAUGCCAGUUUCCAAACCUGGUGCACCCCAGCUUCAGGUUGUGCAACCCGGUGCACCUCAUCUUCAGGUUGUGCAACCCGGUGCACCUCAUCUUCAGGUUGUGCAACCCGGUGCACCCCAGGUUCAGGUUGUGCAACCCGGUGCACCCCAAGUUCAGGUUGUACAAUCUGGUGCACCACAGGUUCAGGUUGUGCAACCCGGUGCACCCCAGUUUCAGGUUAUGCAACCCGAUGCACCCCAGUUUCAGGUUAUGCAACCCGGUGCACCCCAAUUUCAUGUUAUGCAACCCGGUGCACCCCAAUUUCAGGUUGUGCCACCUGUAACUGUAGCACCCCAAACACCAAUCAAGGAUCGUCCUAUGGUGAUGACAUGUCCUCAUUGCCGUACCACCGGUCUUACUCUAACCGAGUACAGAAAUGGCAAUCUCACUUGGAUUAUUUUCGCCGUGCUGUUUGUGCUUCUCCUCUGGCCUUUCAGUUUGAUCCCAUUUUGCGUUAAAUCAUGCAAGGAUGUGAAGCAUUCCUGUGGCACCUGUGGCACGCCUAUCCACGUCUAUAAGCGCAUCUGAGGUGGUAACAUAGUCAACUCCGCACAGGUCAAAAGUGAUGACCCAUUGAACAUACAGUAUGAAUCAACGUCUUUGAUGUCAUCAUAUCUCUUCUGAUCAUUAUAUCAUGAUGACUGUUAUGGCUGUGGCUUUCUAAAGUUUUUCCAUGCCUGUGGAAUAACAUACAGUAAACCUCGGAUAUAUCGGAUUCAAUUGUUCCCACUGGUUUUGUCCGAUAUAAGCGAAAUCCGUUAUAUGCGUAUACCGGAAAAUGUCCGUUUUACGCAUAUAUCGGAUUUAUAUCCGGUAUAUGCGUAAAUCGGAUUUUAUCCGUUAUAAAAAGGCACUUCCUUGACUAUGUUUCCAAUGUACCUGGACGCGCAGGCAACGCUGCAAACGCUGCAAAUGACGUCGUAUAGCGGCCUGUCACGAUUCGGCGAAUCGGAGCGCCACGAUGCGGCCAUCCGAUAUAUGCGAGGGAAAUUUAAUGGAAAUGCAUUAGAACGGGACUGGAGAUUUUGUCCGAAAUAGGCGAAAUCCGUUAUAAAAAAUCCGAUAUAUGCAAUGAAUUUUUAUUGGAAAUGCAUUACAGAAAAAUCGGUUCUUUUUUAUCUGUCCGUUGUGAGCGAAUUUCCGAUAUAUCCGAGUCCGAUAUAUCCGAGGUUUACUGUAAUAAGAAACUCGAUCUCUGUGGUUCUGUGUACUGCAUUAGCUCUAGCUGUACAAUUUAUUUAGAGCAACAACUGAACUGCAUCUUUUUGAUAAGUCUCUCUCACCUAACCAAAUAAGCCAAAUACUGUAGAAACUAAAGACAGCUCUGCAACCACAAUAAUGAAUACACAUACGUAUGUUGUUAAAUGAUUACAUCCCUCACAGUGUUAAAAACGAAUGAGCAUUAAGGACAGUUUAAAAACAAACGUGUUGGAUAUCAUUACAUUUAACAGCAUAAACACUACAUAAAGUGAAAGUGAGCCAUCGUGACAAUCGCCACGACAUAGCUGCAGGAUAAUGGAGGGAUUAUAGGCUCGACCAUACUUGACAAGGAUCUAUAGGAUGGACUGAAGUGAUGACUGGAUUACCCAGAUUAGAGGUAACGUGCUGUUUAGUCAGCACUUGCAUCGCUUGUUAUGUCCCCCUUUACCAAUGGAUCUUAUGUCUUUGGAAGAACUGAAAUAAGUACAGUAUUUUCUGGACUAUAAGUCACUCCGGAGUAUAAAUUGCACAAGGCCAAAAAUGCAUAAUUCGGUAGAAAAAAAAACAUAUACAUAAGUCACACUGGAGUAUAAAUCGCAUAUUUUGCGGGUAAUUUAUUUUACAAAAAACUUGAUCAAAACAGACAUUACGUCAUCUUGGAAGGCAAGUUCUAACAUUCAGCCAACCAAUGAAAAAAGUCAACUUAUAGUCCGGAAAAUACGAUAUACAUUUUACGCAAACUCACUUUCAUAGCAUUUAGUUAUGGACAUUUAAUCUCACUGGGGCUCAAGACAGUGAUAAUGAUACUCUAACUGAUAAUGAUGAUGUGAUAAUGAUACUGGUCCCUAUUGGAUAAAAAUAGAUGCAAAUACAUGUCCAUUUCUUGUGUCAUAAUCAUAUUUUGAUAUUAAAAAAAAAACAAAGUUUUCAUGCUACAACAAAAAUAAAUAAAUUUGUAGGAGAGUGCAUGUACUCAGGGUCCUAUAGACACCCCCUCCUCCCCUCCCCAGUUUUAUCCUGAUGGUCCGUUCACACAACAUAUCUCCAAAUUGCUAGUAGAGUUGGUUUGGUGUUUGGAAUAUAAGAAAAUGAGAACACAUAACCCUCCAAAUAAAGUACAAACCUGCAUCUGUCAAAUGUUAUUGUUCUUUUUGGUUCAUUUCAUUUGCUUCUUAUGAUGUAGCUGUGAUUAAAAAAUGUUAUAUCCCGACAUAUUGUGUAUCACACGUAGCUUAAUAACCUUCCAAAGAGGAGGUUGUCUCAGCUAUAGGCGUGUCAAGCAUCUGGCAAGCCUCAAUAAAGUAUCAUUGUUUGA